AUAUCUGGGCAGCGUUGAAAACCAAACCUGUCGCUGCGAAGGUGCACUACAAAACGUAAACGAACAUGGCGGACGACAGUGAUAGUGAGCCAGAAGUCUUUGAGAUAACAGAUUUUACUACAGCUUCAGACUGGGAAAGGUUCAUUGCAAAAUUAGAAGAUAUCAUUUGCUCAUGGGAUCUUGACAAAAGUCACAAAGAAGAUACAGUUAGCAAGAAAAAAUCAAGGCAUUCAACUGGCACACAUGAGAAAGAGCAAGGUCUGGGACUUGUAUCUUCAAGUAAAAAGGGAACGCAGGAAGGAAGUCAAGUGAGUCAUGAAGGGGAUUGGAACAUAUGUACAAAUCAUUUACCAUUUGCAAAUUUCAAUUUUACUAUUACUUACCACUCAUUAGUAUCACAAGAAGGCAAAAACAAGGAAGCAAAUAACUCCAGCAAAAAAGUUAAAGAAGCAAAUGAAGAUUCACACGACCAUCCACCUACUUCUAUGAUGGACAUGUUUGAUUUUGAAUUUGAUUUUCCUCCACGAGCACACUGCCUGGCAAGAUGGAAUGGCGUCAAGGCCUUUUUGGUGCUGUCUCCUAGCAAUCCACACGAAGAAAUCAACACUGAAUCGAGGUCGAAGCUCCUUCUCAGCUCUGUCGCUGUCGCUCUCUCAAAUACGAAUUGUGAUACUCCUGUAUUCGUGCAAGUUCAACAAAGAUGGCGUCGUCUCUAUUUUGGCAUUUGUAUGGGUAACGGAUUUAGAGUCAGUUAUGAAAUGGCUCAUAUGAAAAAAACUCCUCAACAGUGUCAGAAUUUGACCGGACUCUUAGAUGUUUUCAAAUCAAAGCUGGCGGUUCCUUCUAGUUUGUUAACACCAGUGACUAUUUCAGUGCGGUUUACUUAUAUACUGGGCUGGAACGAAGAAGAAUGGGUCCAAGAUCCUCCUGAUUUUGAAUCUGGGUUUGGAGCUGAGGUCGGUUACUUGAUUCUGUCAAGGCUGCCUUUCGGACCUUUGCAGGACCCUAUUAGUGAGUUGCAUCUAGCGACCUCUUGGCCAUGGCUGACAGAAGAGACUUUUGUUGAUGAUUCUGAUUUUUCGGACCUCAAUCCUGUAGAAGCACCAAGAUGGUCCAUCAGGGCACGGUCGGCAGAGAACUGCACGUCACUCCUGCACGAUCAUCUUCAAUCUUUCCUUAAAAUUUGCAAGAGUUCUGAGUCAACACAACAGAUCAUUCGAAGUCUGUCUAAAGAUGAAUUAGAAUUAGAUAGUUAUGGGGAUAUCACUCAAGCACUCGACAAACUUGCAGAACCUAAAAAACGUUUAUCACAAACCAAAUUAUCUUCUUCGACAAGAGUUGCGAAGCGGGAACAAAUGAAAUUGAGAGAGUCUCCCUUACCAGAAGAUUUGUUAAAUAAAAUUUUAAUGCAUUUGUUUCCCGACUCUCACGAAGAUAUGGAACAUGCGGAGGAAAGACAACGGCUUCUUGCGGAGGAACAAAAACAAAUAGAGGAAGAUGAGAAAAAGGACAGAUUCAGGACCAUGAAGUCAGCUCCGGAGAAAAGUUUGGUCAGUCUUCUCACGAUCUGCCUUUGCAUGGUAAACCAUAGUUAUGGAGGUGUGAAUGCCUUUGCUCAUCUAUGGCACGAAUUUGUUCUUGAAAUGAGAUACAGAUAUGAAAAUAACAUUCAGAUUCCAAGAAUCGCACUUGGAUCACCAAAUCUUAAUUACUGUUUGAUUCAUCAGAAAUUACAGAUGUUAAAUUACUGCAUAGAGAGGAAAAAAGAGCUGUAUGAGCGGUCAUCAAAGCCUACAAGCACAACAUCAUUAACUUCUUUAAAAACCCAGUCGAAGACUGAUCCAGUCGUGGAGUCAACCGAGCCAGAGACCACUCUGCAAAAAACUUCAUGGAAAGUAGAGUCAAAUGAAAGCGAUAGUGAUGAUGAGUUCUUUGAAGCUGUUGAAGAGCAAGCUUCUAAGAACUCAAACGAAGAAGAGCAAUCGCAAUCACAAAAUGAGAGUCCAUCCGGAUCCUUCAUCAGCCUGACCAAAUCAGCUAGUGAUGUUUCCUUUGAAAGGAUAGGGGUUUCAAAAGAAACGGAAAUGAAACUUCUAGAAACUGACGAGCCACUUUGUAUACCCAUAACACAAGAGCCACCCCCAGUCACAGAAGACAUAAUAGAAGAACAGACAGAGAUAAUUUUGAAAUUAGGAAGGUCAGAAGGUGGAUCAAAGUAUUUAGCUCAAAUGCAGAGUGGCUCACUUUUCUCAGACGUUCAAGCUUUUAAGGCUGCCAAUCCUGGCUGCAUUUUCGAGGAUUUCGUGAGGUGGUAUUCACCUAAUGAUUGGAUAGCUGGACCGGAGACACAGCAAGAAAAAGAAGAUCUUGCCAAAAUGAAAGCUUCUGUUUUGAAAAAAAAUGAACGAGCUGAAUUAGAAGAGGUUGUUGGCACAGAAGCGAUUGAUGGCUGGGAUCUAGAUGCAGAUGAAAAAAUUACUGAUGAAGAUAUAAUGGAAGUGGAUGUCGAUGCUUCUGAGGCAGAAAAACCGAAGUGGGCAAACGAAGGGCACUUGAGUGUUCGCAUGCAAAUUCCAGGAAAUAUUUGGCUUGACACGUGGCAUUCCGCGAAACCUGUCCCAGUGAGACGGCAGAAAAGGCUAUUUGAUGACACAAAAGAAGCAGAAAAGGUCCUUCACUUUCUUGCCAAUCUGAAACCUGCAGAAAUCGCCAUGUAUUUGUUUCCAGUCAGUGUUCACACUGCAAUUGGUAGAAUUUUGCUUGAAAAUGAAAGCUCCAGGCACCGGAUCUCAAAUAUUGUCACACAAGUGAUCCAUGAUACAGCGCGUCUGGGAUUGCCCAAGAAAGAUAACAUUUCGAAAAUGAUGGGAAUUUCAAGACAGCUACAAAUAGCGGAACUAGCUAUAUCCAGGAUUCAGUUCCUAGAAAAAAAAUUUAAAACUCUAAGUGGGAAGAAAGACGAUGAAGCUCUAGACGAUGAGAUCCAGGAGUUUGUUUCACAAUUAUUGUCUGCACCAGAUGUCAUUAUAAACGGAGGACCGAGAGGAAAAAUCGGAAAAUUGAUUGCAAAACACAUCGAAAACAAUCAGCAAAAAUUUGAAGAAGAACCUUCACACGAUCAAGAAACAAGUCUUUCUGAUGGGAAGAAAGCACACCACAGGCCACGAAAAUUGUCAUUUCCUGCCCCAGCCGGGCGAGAGUAUAUUCUGCGGACCACUGUUCGAAAACCGAGGGACUCUUCUCGACCGUCACCUCAACGAAUGUUUGCUGUAAUAACCCCAGAUGAGUUUAGACUGGCUGGAGCAUUCACUAGGGACACUGCAUUUAUUUAAAACCAGUGUGGCCCCAGCAUAGGAAUUAUUUAAAAUUUUAUGAUGAGUUGAAAAGACUGUCUGGAAUUAACGGAUGGGCAUAGAAGAAUUUAGAUAUUAAAAUAAUAAAAGUAUCAAAACCAUCCUUAAGAAUUUAUUUUAAAGUGCCUGUGACAUGAUUUUCGUACUUUUGGUUUUAUAUAUCUAUUCUUAUGUAAAAAGGCCUGUUAUUUUUAUUUCUGAGGUUAGUUUUUACGUUUCGUGAGAAAUGAAGAAGUUAUUGGCGAUCUUCUACGCCAAAAUUCGCCAUCUUGGUUUUCAGAAUGAGUAGACAGUGACGUCACGGGAAGGACCCUGUCGCCUCCUCCUUCGAGAUUUUGUAUCGUAGUCAAUGAGGGAAAUCUAACAGGUCCAAGAUCAGCGAUAUUUCCAGAGAAAGUAAUGGCAGCAAGGAUAAGAUUUUUGAAGGUAGCGCUUACAUUGUUAUAAUAACGAGUUCCUCCCAUGACGUCACAAGAGAAGGGCAAAUGAUGAUAAAGCGACUUGGCUAGGCCGCACUAUUUUGCUUAAUUUCAAUAUCAAAACGCUUUUAUUUAAAAAAAAAUUCAGAUUUACUAUAAGAGCAAUGCAACGAUACAAUUGAUAG